AUGGAUGUAUUUAGCUAUCUGGCAGUCAGAUCCUUCGAGAUGGCCCAGCAGCAGGCGUUUGAAGUUGAGCUUUACGAGGCCUCCGAGAUGACCUCCUACUCCAAGUGGAGUUGGCCGGCAGCCGGGUGGAGUUCCGUGCAAGCGGCCCAGCAAGGAUUCCGACAAAAACGCGAAGAAAUCGAGACAGCGACAUUUCAGCAUGAUUCAAAGUACGAGGCUCGGCCUGCCGAGUGGUUCUCCGGCGUGGACAACAAGUUUGACGGGACAUUUCAGGUCGUGGGUCAAUUGGAUGCGAAGUAUGGCUGCACGCCUUACAAGCUGGAGGCGGGCAGCAUCGCUUUGGUCGCCAGAGGAAUCUGCACCUUCGAGCAGAAGGCCCAGAUGGCAAAGGAAGCAGGUGCUAAGGCCAUCAUUGUGUAUGACGAGAAGAUGUCGAAGGCACCCCUGGAGCAGCAGAACAGGACGGGGCGAGUGGCCAGCAAGGGCAUCCAGUCCUACCAGGCCGGAGACGCCCUGAGCGGCGCUUCGAGUGCAGCUCUAGAGAAGGGUAUGACCCUCAUGAUGGGAGACCAGGGCAAGCCAGAUCUGGACGGCUGCAUGAUUACGCGAGCCAAUGGCACGGCGCUUGUUGAUUCCAUCAACAACGGCUUCCAGCCCAAAGUCCUGGACGUGAAGCGGUCCAGGUUUGAAGAUGGCAUCGACCGCUUCAUCAAGAAGGACCUUCCCAAGUUGAGUACGGCAAUGGAUGGCUAUAGCCUCAUCCAGCGCGUGUCCAAGACUGACCCCAACGAACCCAUCGUCAACCAGCUGAAGGCAGACCUGAAGGACUUUGAAAAGGCUGUGCGGUCGAAAGACUAUGGGGAGAUACGAAAGACUCCGGCCGUAGGGGAUAAGUGUCGCUGCCUGGGCAGCCGGGAGGCAGUGACCCAUGGUGCUCACCGGAAGCAGCUGGAUCAUGAUGAUCAUGGGCUGACUAGACCGCUCGUUGCACUUUUUCCGGCCCUCGAAAGGAGGUCGAGUGGUCGACUGCUCCAAUUCUACCGCUUCGAGUUGCAAGCAGAAGUGAUCUUGGAUUUCCAGGCACCCGAAUGCCGUCACUGGAUGGGCGCUUUUAA